AUGGCGGACACUAGUGAUAUAAUAAGAGAGUUCACGACAGAUGUAUCGUUAUACGAGAAAGGUAGACCGGAAUAUUCAAAAGAGUCCGUCGAGUUUCUUCUCAGUUGUGUUGGUGCCCUGCCGUCAGAAAACAAUGAGGCUACAAAACUGCUCGAGAUCGCAGCGGGAACGGGCAAAUUUACUCGAGUGAUGGCCGAAAUAUUGACGGAAAAGAAAGCGAAUGUGAAAGUAAUUGCCAGUGACUCUCAAGAAGCAAUGUGCGACAUGUUUCGACGUUCCGUUCCCAGAAUUGAAGUACUUCGUUUCCCUGCAGAAAAUAUAGGUAAGAAAGGCUUAGUUCCCUGGGUAAAGCAAGGCGGGACACCUCUAGAGUGGGCUUAUGAGGGGGUAGCAAUCUUCCAGUAUGCAGAGUACCAGGCCUGGAAAGUAUGGCAGUGCACACACGAGCCUUCAGUUUUAAAAAAGCUUAUUGCGCACACCAAAAUCAUAGCAUUGCACGCGGCAGCGUUGGCCUAAGAGAUUUGCACCUGACUUACAGGGGCGUAGCCAUGAUAUUUUUUGCCAAAUCUAUCCUACCCUUUCAGUUCUCCCACAUCAUUUCCACAUCCCUUGCUCACACUGUUUGUCGCCCUUUUUUGGGGGAACUGAACGGUGAAGCAUGAACAUACUAAUAACUAAGGGAGUCUGGUGGCAUGCUUCCUCGGGAAAAUUUGAAAUUUUUAGGUCAUCUAAAACAGCUAAUGCGCCUAAGUAUGGGCAUGUACCCAUAUUCUGGGAUGACAAAUUGUAUUGCACGCGGUGCACGCGGCUAAAAUUGGCUCUGCAUGCACAAGAUUUUGUCAAGUUCUGCAAUACUCUGCGUACCAUUCAUUGGAGUCUUAUUUGAGUUGAGACUCGUUGCAGGCAUAAAUGUCAAAUUUGGCAAGAACAAAAUAUAUUUAGAAGACACUACAUUCAUUAGAUUUUAAAAAUAAAAGAUUUUGAGCAUGGCAACAUGGAUGAUUUUAAAGAAGCCGCAAAUUUUGAGGAGGUUCAUGUAAAAUUCAGUGAUGUGAUUUCCUUGUGAAUUACCAAUUACAAUAAGCAACUCUCAUUGUUUGUCUACAUUGCCUGUGAAGUCAACAAAAAGCACCGCUGAGAUCAUGUGAUAUAUAUUAGGUGUUACUUUCCAACAAAAUUGUAAAUACAGUAGUCACGUGCACGCGAAGGUAAUUAAGGCAAACAAGUCAUUAUUCGUAUUAGGAUCCUUACGUAAGGAAGGAAAGUCCCAGGAGCAAGUAGAUCACCUUUUUAACGCAAUAGUUUUACCAAAUUUUUCUUCCGCUCUGCCGGUUUAUGGUGCCUCAGAUUCUGACCUUUCUGUAAUACAGAAUUUUUUAGACCGGUGUAUGGAAAGAAAGUUUAUGUCCAAGAAUGUAAAUAUCAGGGACUUGCUAGAGAAGGCGGACAAGACACUCUACAAAAAAAGAUCGAAUGACCCCGAAUGUCCGUUCUUCCAGUUUUUACCUCAGGAAAAGAACACAAGGUACAAUCUUAGAAAUACGUCAGUCUCUGUCCCUAGAAUCUAUACUGACAGGUUUAAGAACGUUUUUAGUAACAGAAUAAUUUUUAGAUAUGAUAUGUAAAUAGUUUUUUGAGUUUAUAUUGUAACGUGGGAUAUGUGAUUUUAUCUUAAGAAAUAAAGAUUAUUAUUAUUAUUAUUAUUAUCAUCAAAGGGGAAAAAACUGAAUUAAUUUCCACUGCAAUUUCUGGGCAUUUUUCUCAGCUUGCCCUUGCCCUGUUUUCUUUAAAAGCUUAUUAUCUCCUCACCCAGCCCCUAUAACUUGACUUGUCUUAUAUACUCCCUCAGUUUUUUGCAAGUUGGUGACUUAACAUAAGAGAGGUCCUUUUAAGGGCGGGGGUGGGAGGGUUGUAUACAGAUCUCUUGUCUGGAUUUCAAACCUUGCACGUCAUGUAUCACAAGGAAGCCUGAAGCCUCUCAGUUUUCACUUCGUGUAAAUUGCAGUUGUCUUUUUUGCUGUCAGUUUUAAUGUGCCUUUGAGUCAUUUCUCACUAUAUCAUCUGCUGUUUCAAGGCUAUGUCACUCGUCAGAUUUUACCUUCACCCUGCCCCAAUGUCCACAUAUAAAUUCUCCAUACUGAUCUUCAUACAUUUCUUUAAAGAAUUAGUUGAGAGUUUCAUAACAGAUCAGAGCAUUUUCUCUUUAGUGAUCAUUUUAUUAACUCUCAUAACAUUUCUCUUGGCAACAUGGAUAUUGUUAGGAGAAAAUUGUUGUUGGUCACUAUUAAGGCUUAAAGGGUUAACAAGGCCUGAACAUGGCACGAGUCCAGGACUCUAGCACCACAAAUUUUAACAUGCAGCUACUUACCGGGCUUCUUUUAUGUUUCAGCCUUUCCAGAUGAAAGUUUUUCGGCAGUCAUAUGUGCUCAAUCGUUUCACUGGUUUGCAAAUGCAACGUCAGUUUCAGAAAUCUCCCGUGUUCUUCAACCGGGAGGAAAGUAUGGGAUGAUCUGGAACCACAGGGACUUUUCCGUCCCCUGGGUGCGUGCCAUGCAAGGUAUUAUUGAUCCGUUUGUCAAACAGAAGGAUAUGCCCGCUGAUCCUAGAGAGCUUAAAUGGAUGGAAAGUCUAAAUAAUUCUGGAAAAUUUACUUCAGUGGAAAGGAACACUGUGUUUAGAACAUAUCUGGAAGGGGAUAUGGAUGCAAUAUUGUCUGUGGUUAUGUGUAUAAGUGCUAUUAGCCAGAGCAGCAAGGAGAAGAGAGUUGAAGUUGAAGCUAAGAUCAGAGACAUCUUGACAAACCACCCUGACUUAAAAGGGACAAAAGUGUACAAGCUGCCUUACAUCACCGAUAUUUGUUGGUGUACAAAGAAAUAGCUAUGCAAUGAUGAAAUUUUUGUUUAUAUUUUUGAAUGUCAUGUUACAGGGAAUGUCAUGUUACAGGGCAUUUUAAAUACAUUAAAUCAUUUUUAAUGAUCAAAUUUAACAACAUUAUAUUGCGUACAUUGUUUGAGUGUCCCUAAUUUAGUUGAUAGAGGGUUAAAGAAUAGCGAGAUUUUGGAUAUGGAUUUAACCCCCAAGGCCAGGCCAUCAUUCAGGGAGUUGACAAAAAUCCAAGGAAGAAGGAAAU